AUGGCAGAAGCACAGGAGGUGAAAGAAAGAUGCAAACUUUCAAGCUACGAUGCCUACUUCGAAACCAUCCAAUCCAGGAAGAAAUUACCUCGUGCCCAGCAGGGGGUUUUAACAAAUGCAUUUGCGAAAAUUCCGGUUUCAUCUUUCCCGGCUGUACCUGGAGGCAAAGUAAUUGAGAUUCCGGCAGACACGUCCGUCGGCGACGCGGUUAAGAUUCUGUCCGAAAACAACAUUUUGUCAGCUCCUGUGAAAACCCCAGAAGCAGGCGCAAGUUCUGAUUGGAGAGACAGGUACCUAGGACUCAUAGAUUACUCUGCCACUAUUCUUUGGGUGUUGGAGAGUGCAGAGCUAGCUGCAGUUGCUAUAUCAGCUACUUCAGCAACCGCUGCUGGAAUCGGUGCGGGGCCCCGGGGGGGGGGAGGGGGGCGUUGGGGCUCUAGCAUUGGGUGUGACCGGUCCUGCGCAGUUGCAGGGCUAACUGCUGCUGCUGUUGGAGCUGCAAUGGCUGGUGGCGCGGCUGCAGAGAAAGGAAUAGCCAAAGAUGCUCCCACAGCUGCUGAUGAAUUAGGCCAAGACUUUUACAACGUUAUACUGAAAGAUGAACCCUUUCAAGUGAGGUCAAUACUUAAAUCCUUCCGCUGGGCGCCUUUCAUUCCAGUUGCAACAGAUAGUUCAAUGUUGACCGUUAUGCUACUACUUUCAAAAUAUAGGCUGAGGAAUGUACCUGUAAUAGAACCAGGCCAACCCACCCUUAAGAACUACAUUACUCAGUCAGGACUUGUUCAGGGUCUUGAGAGAUGCAGAGGAAGGGACUGGUUUGACUGCAUUGCGGCAAAGCCUAUCUCCAAUUUUGGACUUCCUUUCAUGUCCUCUGAUGAGGUUAUUAGCAUCACGAGCAAUGAUCUAAUACUUGAAGCUUUCAAGAGGACAAGAGAUAACAAAAUUGGUGGUCUUCCUGUUGUAGAGGGGCCCAAGAAAAACAUAGUCGGAAGCUCACUUUUUGCUUCCAAGUCCAUUCAUAGGAUCCAUGUAGUAGCUGGGGAGGAAGGCGAGGUUGUUGGUGUCAUUACACUCAGAGAUGUGAUCUCUAGCUUCAUUUAUGAACCACCAAACCACUUUGAUAACUACAUGGGGUUUGCGGUGAAGGAGAUAUUGAAUCAGUGA